AUGGCGCCGCGCUUUGGGGACCGGAUUCUCCAAGUCUUUGACGUGCCUCCGGACGCCUACGAGUUCCUGGUCAGCAUCUUAGAGAACCGCACGGCGUCUCCGGACGACCUAAAGCUCAUCUUUAACGAAAGCUUGGUUGCCGGCGCCGAGGCAUGGUAUCAUGAGCUUCACCACGCCUUGCAACGCAGCAGCAGCAUUCCAUCGCCAUCACCUGCGGAGAGUGGCAAUCCAUCCGAGAAGCCAUGGGCGGCCACGGAUCGUCUCAUCGAAAAGGUUAAAUCUCUCGCCAGAGAAGCUACCUCUGGCUUGCUACAGGGCCCUCGGGCGGUCGAGAGCCAAAAGAAGAACAAGGUUACCACGGCCGCCAAACGCACAGCCGAUGCUGCAUCGUCGCACUACUGGUGUCAAGGGGGCGAUAGUGACGACGUGUUCACCCCAACAAAAAGAUCCCGACUUGCAGGCUUGCCGAGUACUUCCAUCUCGCGGCUAAACGUCAACGCUCCCAGUCUUCGCCCUUUUUGCUUUAACCCAGAGGAGCUUGGCGAGUCACAGCUUUCAAGCGUGCACACCAAUGUCGGCACAUCACCCUACUUUACCACGCCAACAAGAACCCCGCGGCCUGUCGUUUCACGUCCCAGUCCCGGAACGGUAUCCUGUAUCCCUUUCCCUCCUCUGAGCGCGGAGUCAUUCGGUAUCAUCCAAGAGCAAGUGGCCCAUGAGCCUUUCUGGCUUCUCAUUGUGGUGACGUUUCUCAUAAAGACCAAGGGUGAACAUGCUAUCCCGACCUUUCUACGAGUCAAAGAACGUUUCCCAGCGCCGUGUGAUGUCGCCAAUCCGGACAAUGCCAUGGAAAUUCUCGACAUGAUUAAGCACCUGGGCCUUUGCCAGAACCGACUGGGGUUUAUGCAGAAAUAUGCUCAGUACUUCAUGUUCGAUCCACCUCGCCCAGGAAUCCGCCAUCGCGUGAGCAAGUACGACACGCGCGAAGUUGGCCAAGCCUUGAAGAAGCAAGCCGAUGCCCACGCUGAGGAUGUCACUGACGGCUGGGAGAUUGGGCACAUGACGCAGGGCCCUUAUGCGAUUGACAGCUGGCGCAUCUUUUGCAGGGACGUGCUCCUGGGCAGGGCUAGGGACUGGAACGGCAAGGGCGCCAAGGGAGAGUUCCAGCCAGAGUGGAUGAGGGUCUUGCCGGCGGAUAAGGAGCUUCGAGCCUAUCUACGAUGGAUGUGGAUGCGUGAGGGCUGGGAGUGGGAUCCGGCGACGGGGGAGAGGACGGUGCUGCGGGAGGAGAUGCGCCAGGCCGUGGAAGGGGGCCGCGUCGAGUAUGACAUUUAUGGAGGGCUGCAGAUUGUGGGCGAGCAGUGA